AUGGAGCCUAAACCUGAACUUGAGGCAACAUAUGCACAUAUUAAAAGAGAGAGUAACCGACAAGGAACCAUGUCUGAAGCUAGUGUAACCUCCGACGCCACAGCCUUGGCUGCUGCCAGGUCCAAGCAAUCUCGGCCGAACAAUCACAGUGCCAACCCUACUGGUAGUCGGCCUCCAAUGAAGUGUACCAAAUGUGGUUUAGACAACCAUACAAUUAAGGGUUGUUAUGAGAUUAUUGGUUAUAUAGAAGGAUGGUUUCACAAAGAGAGAAAGAAGGAUUUGACUAGAGCCUCAUUUGCAUCCGAUGAGUCAUCCCAAGAGACUGCAUCAAAACCUCCAUUAGGUACAUCUGGCUUCAAGGCCUUGGCCACCUUAGGUACCUCUUACACAUCUUCACUUACUUGUAAUAGAUCAUGGAUUAUUGACACUGACGCUACUGAUCACAUGACAUCUAAUUUUAUUGAGUUGCACUCCACAAAACCAUCAAGCCAAACACAUAUUACCAAUGCCAAUGGAACCACCUCCCAAGUUAUGGGAGAAGGGUCUUUAUCCCUUACAUCUACAUUAAGUCUUGAUCAUGAUCUUCUCACCAGGGCCAUGAUUGGAUAUGGUACUAGGAAGAGAAAGUUGUAUUAUCUGGACUUGACAGAAGCCGAUAGUAAGAGAUUGAGUCACGCACAUCAUGUGCGAGGAGACGAGUCUAUGAGGAUGAAGAAAAUUUGGCUAUGA